CGGGACCUGGCGGAAAACCUAAUACAAUACGGUGAUAGCUGGUUGUCUCCGCCUCCCACUAAUUUUUGUUCAUGGAAAAGAUUCAAAACAUAUAGGUGAGUUUUCUUCUUCCAAACCAUCUAUGUUGAAUUUUCUCUGCAAAACUAUUGUCCAUGGGUCUCAUUAUACUACAAGGGCUGCUUCAACAGUCCCCAAACCAUUUUUACUUGCCAGACACAUCUCAAGCACUUCAACCCAACACUCAUUUACAGUGUCCUACCUCAUAAACUCAUGUAGUUUGUCCCCGGAAACUGCUCUUUCAGCUUCCAAGUUUGUUAAUUUCGAAAACCCAGAUAGAGCAGACUUGGUCAUUGCAUUUUUCAAGAACCAUGGUUUCUCGCAAACCCAAAUAUCGAACAUUAUUGGAAGAGUCCCUUCUGUGCUCUUAUCAGAUCCUGAGAAAACCCUUUUGCCCAAGUUGGAGUUUUUCUACUCCAAAGGCUUUGCAAGCCCUGACAUUGCUGGAGUCCUAUCUAGAAGUCCAACCAUUUUGGAUCUUAGCCUAGAAAACCAUAUUGUCCCUUCUUUUGUUUUCUUUAAGGAUUUGCUUGGAACUGAUGUGGAUAUUGUUACUGCUAUUAAACGUUUUUCGGGUAUUCUAUGUAAUGAUCUUGACACUUAUGUGGCCAAUAUCAAUACUCUGCGAGAAAAUGGAGUGCCCGAAUCUUAUAUGGUUAAAUUUCUUAAAACCCAGCCUAGAGUUUUCAUGACAGAUUCGGUUAGGUUUAGAAGGACUGUGGAGGAAGUAAAGAAAAUGGGGUUCGAUCCUUUAAAGAUGAAGUUUGUUGAAGCUGUUUAUGCAAUGAGUGGUAUGAGUAAAUCUACUUGGGAGAGGAAGGUCAAUGCUUACAAGAGGUGGGGUUUGUCCGAGGCGGAGAUUCUUGUAGCUUUUAAAAAACACCCCUUGUUUAUUUUGGCGUCUGAGGAUAAGAUUGAGAGGGCAAUGAAUUUCUUUGUCAACAAAAUGGGCUGGGAGUCUUCGCUUAUUGUCGAACGUCCAAUACUUGUAUUGCUGAGCUUGGAGGAGAGAAUUAUUCCGAGGACUUCUGUUAUUAAUGAUUUGAUGUCAAAAGGUCUGGUUGAGAAGAAUAUUUACUUGCCUACACUUUUUGAGUACCAAGAGAAGAAGUUCCUUGAGAAGUUUGUGACACCUUAUAAGAAGGAAGCUUCUGAGCUAUUGAAGCUAUAUGAAAAGAAAGGGGAUCUUGAAGAAAUGACAAGAGAAUGAGAAUGGAAUAUGUAUGAGGCAAAGAAUGACAUGAAUCAAUUGUAACCCAAAUCAUGAAUUGAAUAUUGGCUGUUCA